AGCGUUGCCUGGCAACAAAUUAACAAACAGUCUCAUUAGAAAACUCCUUAAACAGCAAAAACUUGCCUGCGAUAAGGUUCACUAUACAUAUUGAAGACAAAUUCCAGUUUAACCUUUCGCCAUGGAAAACGAUAAGGAUAAGAAAACCGAUGAGCUAUUGAAUCGUAUCCGAACUGAACUAACAGCGAUUUUAGAGGGCGAAGCCUCUGGCAAUCCCGACAGAAAGGUUUCGAACGAAAUGCUUAUGAGUCCGAACCCUCUGCCUAUUUUUGGUCCAAUUAAGACCAAAAAGCCCAAGAAAUCGCCAUCUAAAAUGACGAUAGAAGCCCCAUCGCCUUCAAUCAGUGCGAAACGCUCCACGACGGGAAGCUACAAACGCUCUUCAGCAGGCAGUGAGAAACGCUCCUCAGCAGGCAGCGGGAAGCGCGUCUCAAUGAAAUGCGAAGAGGUGACUUCAGCCGAUCGUUUAGCCGGAGGUGAUUACCAAAAGAAGGAUACAGAUUCGCCAUCAACAUCCUCGACUUCUUUCAAUUUGGCAUCUAUGAGUCAAUACGAGACUCUUCCAAAAGAUCCCAAGUUCCGGUCCGAUUUUAUGGAAUCUCAGGCAGCCAAGAGCAUAGACGACGACCUGCAGAAGAUGCAGCUGGAGCUGAAAAAGAGCUACGAGCUCUUCCAGGGUAUUGGCGAGAAAUUCGAGUCCGUGAACUUCACUGGAUUGAAGAAUCGUAUUCGGGAUUUGCAUUUGAAUGAUAUGAACAACGAGAUGGGGAAGAUGACCACCAUGGAGCUGCAGAAGAUGUUCGACACGCGUUUCUCUCAAAAUCGCCUGGACAAAUUGACGACGGACGCCACCGAGGGAUUUCGCCGGCAUCCGGGAGAGUUUGGUGACAUUCCGGAGCUGAGCACGUUCUUCCAGGCUUGCACACAGCUGGAACGGGGCUUGGACACACUACGUCAGCAGCGGCAGCGAAACAGCGAAUUGGAGAAGCGUAUGUGCUGGGCCACUGAGAUCGCCUACGAUCGCAUGGACGAGAUCCGGUCUGCCGUGGGCACCGAUCCGGAGAAGAACUUCUGACCCGUCUUUAUUGUUUACAUAUAGGUUGUUUGUUCUUCCUAGUUCACUUGGGGUCUUUGCACCCACAACAACAACUGCUAUCACACACCAACACAGGUGCAAUAUACAGAUACAGUCGUAUGAAGUGCA